UACCUACCCCCACAGUUUGGACAGAGCUUGGACAUUCAUCAUGACGACUCUUUGGGUGUUGUUUAUUUUUUUAAAUUUUGACCUGCUUCUACAGACAGGACAAUGCACAAAAACAAGUGGCCAAGUUUUAUCAAUCACCCCUAACACUCAAGAACAAGUGGAGAUUUUGAAGAAUGUGUCCACCCAGUACCAGACAGGUUUGUGGCAGCCCGUUUCACCUCACAAUAUCAAAGAGCUAACAAAAGUCCACCUCUACGUUCCUGGGAACAGCUCCGAGACGGUCAGGAACCUGCUGCAGAGACACAAUAUUACACAUGAAGUGAUGCUGCCCAAUGCUGAUGAGAUCAUUAAAAUGCAGAUGAGGAACGACUCCGGUGACCCAAGAAGUGGCUCCACGUUUUACUACAGAUACCACACUUUAGAGGAUAUCUAUGACUGGAUUAACAGAACAGCCCAUGACUAUCCAGACAAAGUUAAAGCUAUUCUUGUUGGCUCUUCAUAUGAGAAAAGACCGCUGUACGCUCUAAAGCUGUCUCUAAAUAACAGACCAAACAAGAAAGCCAUGUGGAUCGACUGUGGGAUCCAUGCCAGAGAGUGGAUCUCUCCUGCUUUCUGCUUGUUUUUCGUCCACUACUCGCUGUCAUUUUACAACAUUAACGCUGAAAUGACUCAGAUCCUGGACAACAUGGACUUCUACGUCCUGCCCGUCAUGAACCCAGAUGGAUACAAAUACACCUGGACAAAAAACAGAAUGUGGAGGAAGAACCGUUCCCCCCAAAAGGGUACGUCCUGCAUCGGAGUUGACCUGAACAGAAACUUUGACGCCAACUGGUGCACGACAGGAGCCUCUCCUGAUCCCUGCACUGAAAUCUACUGCGGCCCCUUCCCUGAAUCGGAGCCAGAGUCUCAGGCUGUCGCCAACUUCCUGCGCAGCCACAAGGAAUCCAUUCAGAUCUAUCUGAGCAUCCAUUCCUACUCUCAGAUGCUCAUCAUCCCAUAUUCCUGCACCGAGGAUGAAGCCGAGAAUCACAGUGAACUGUAUGAGAUGGUCAAAACUGCUGCAGAUAACAUCAAGAGAUAUUACAAGAACAUCUACACAUAUGGAGCAGGAGCACAGAUAAUUUACCUGGCUCCCGGUGGCUCUGAUGACUGGGCUUAUAAUCUCGGCAUUAAAUACUCCUUCACGUUUGAGCUCCAGGACCGUGGCAAAUAUGGCUUCCUGCUGCCGCCAUCCGACAUUCAGGGCGCUUGCAAUGAAGCUCUGCUCGCGGUGAAGACCAUUGCUCUGAAGGUCAUGGAGAAACCCCAAGCUGCAACGAGUUCCCGUCAAGCUGGACCUGCAGCUUGAGUUGUGAAUUUAAAUGUUUUCAGCAGUUUUUGAAUUACACCUUCUGACACUGAAUACGCUGAAGCAUCACAACAUUAGCCAAAAUGUACAAGAGCGUUGGAAAAUGUUUAUAUCUAUAGGAAGAAGUGUCGCCAGGCGUAUUUCACAAUAAUGGAUACAAAAUAUAACACAGUCGCAAGUAAAUAAAUAAAUGAAACUCA